AUGGUGCUUACAGAGGUUUUGAGUCGGGGGCUCCUCCAGACUCCAACUUGCUUUCGUUGCCCUGCCUGUGCAGAAUUGACGUGCCCUCUGCGGACGACAAAAGGUGCUGGCAGAUGGGAGGACAUGAAGGACCAGAUCGGCAGCUUCUUGCAGGCCAACACAUACAGAGACAUGCUGGAAGUAGGAAGAUGGAAAGUGGAGGAUGUGGACACUGCGUUGCGUGCUCAGGCAGACAAGAUAGCUGCGGAGAUGUCAGGCUCAAGCCAGCCGUCGUCACCUGGACCUUGCAUCCCCAAGGACACCCUCGCCUUGCCUUGUUCGGGCCUGCCGCUUUCAAGGCAGUCAUUUGACUGGUACUAG